AAAUAUUGCCGGGAACUUGUCCAAACUUGGGUCUAAGCUUAAAACUCAUAUAAAUCACUAACCUUUCAAUCAAUGGGGAAUUUAUGCCGCAAACCAAAAGACAAUAGACAAAGUAUUGGAUUUGACAACCUGGAAAACCAUACAGGUAACACAGGUGAUCAUUGGAGUAGUCAGAUGGAUAAAUAUGCUGGUAGACAUACAGUAGAAACAUCUCACCCAGCCAUCCAUAGUGAAGCAGUCAAUUGUCUGGCUAGAAUUCAACCUGGCUUUUGUUUGUCUGGCAGUAAAGAUCAGACCUUGUGUUUAUAUAACUAUUGUACCAACAAACUAGAAGAUAAAUGGACUGGACAUGAAAAAGAAGUCACAAAGAUAUGUUAUGGAACAUUUUGCCAAAGCAUAUUCAGUGCUUCAAGGGACAAGUCUAUAAACAUGUGGAAACGUAACACUCCAAAUCCAGUUCAACAGUUCAAGGGUCAUGACCUUGUUGUUACAGCAUUAGAUAUUAAUAAAGAUAACACAAUGUUAUGUUCUGGAUCCCGUGAUAAUACAGUUAAGUUAUGGGAUGUAGAAUCAGGAACCAGUCUUACUGAAAAUAACAUUCAUCGGAAUCUGGUAACAGAUGUAAAGUUUGUUCCUGAAUCUAACCUUAUAGUUCAGACGGGAGAAGAUAAAGAAGUUAGAUUAUUUGAUACCAGAUCAUUGAAUGUGGUUCAUAGUUUCCAACGUAAACAGUACAUACAGACAUGUUGUGAUGUUAGUCCUGAUGGAGUAUACUGUCUGACGUGUAGUAAUGGUUUUGGUGGAAAUGGUUGUGAAGCGACAUUAUGGGAUUUAAGAAGUAGAAGUAUAGUUCAUGAGUAUAAAGAUCACACAGAGGCCAUAGAUAGCUGUGUAUUUUUACCUUACCAUGGUACAAACUUAAUAGCAACAGCAUCAAGAGAUUUCAGUGUCAAAAUAUGGGACAGAGAUUCUAAAGCAUGUAUAUGUGAAUGUGUGAUAAGUGGUUCAGGACCUUUAACCUCAAUUUUAUGUUAUGGUGAACCAUGUAUAAUUGUGUCCAGUUUUAACCUUGGUAUUCAGCAUUUAAGAUUUUCAUUACAAAACCAGACUUUGAUAAAAGAAGGAAGUUUUUGAUUGGAGCCAAUGACAAUGUGUAAGGAACAGUUUGUGUUCUAUAAAGCAUUUUAAAUGAGCAGCAUGUCAGUGAUAGAAAGAAAACAAGAUGAUUGGUUCUAUGCCUUUUUGUUUCAGAGUAUGACCGUUUGUGUCAUACUGUAUAGGGGAUUAUUUCCGCUGGGUGUUUAUUUUCAAUUAUUUUGGCAGGUAAGGGGAAAUCAUGAAAAUAAAUUCCGUGAAAUUUUUAUGCAUACGUUCUGUACUUUAUAUAAACUAAAAUAUAGUUUCCCGCUCAUCGGAUCAAUAAUGGUUUAUGUUAAUUUAAACAAAAUAGACGCAGAAGGCCAUUGUUCCCUGGCUGUCAGGUGUUAGUUAAAUAAUUGGUUACACAAUGAAAUAAUUAUUGUUAUAAGAGUUUAAGGAAUGCUGUCUGGUAUUUAAUCCUUAUUGGUUAGUGUCAAAUUAUAUAAGUUGCAAGUCACUCAUGAUUAUUUUAUUAUCUAAUUAUUAUAUCAAAGGUCUGGUUAAUUUCAUAACUAACGAACCAUAACAUUUACAAGAAGGUUGUACACAUGUGACAUAUAUCUAGAACUGGUAUUCUGUUGAUUAAAUGUAAGAUAUAGUCAAUAAGUAAGACUUCAAGCAGGUAAAACAACUCUUCAACUUCAACCAUUUAAGAAUCCACUUAAAAAUUUAACUGGGAUUAAAAAAUCUGCUAAAAUUAAAACCGCUAAAAAAAAUUUAUAUACUUUGUUGUCCCUUGAUUAGGAAAUUUUACACCCACGAAAAAUAACCCGCUAUAUGGUAGUAUGAUGUUUGUGUCAUUGUACAACUGUUUGUGUCAUAGUAUGACUGUUUUUGUCUGAUUUUGACUGUUUGUGUCAUAGUAUGACUGUUUGUGUCAGAGUAACAUAUAUUCUAUUAGAUAUCUCAAUAUCUUUGUUUUUUGAAGAUGAUGAAUAUUGAAGCAAUGAUCUAUAUGUUUAGAAAAUUCAAAAGCUUGUGUCUGGUUGGUUUGAAUGUCCAAGAUGAGGCUUGCAUCAUUGAUUUUGCUAGUGUAUAAUAUGAAGUAAUGUUCCCCGAUCACCCCAUCACUUCCAUUAACUCUAUAAUAAUUGGGGAAGUUUUUUUCUUAAAAUUGACCUUCUUUAUGUCUUGUUUUGGUGUACUAAAUAACAAUUGUGUAAACAAUAAUGUGCAAUUAUACUGUGGAUUCAUUAUUAUUCAUGGGAUACCAAUUUUCAGGGAUUUCAAAUUUUCUAAACGAUAGUCAUGCAUGCAGGCUUUUGUAAAAAAUGAGGUGAAAAUACAAUUUUUCAUUUAUCAAGGGAAAUUUGUACCCAUGAAAAUAAUUGAAUCCACAGUAGCUAAUAAAGUGGUUGUAAAGGGCUGUUUUUGUCCCAUUUGUUUUGUCUGAUUUUAUUUCCAAGUGUUUUUGUUUUGAUGCUAAAUGACUUUUAUUUGUUAUAGGUUGCAUGGUUCUACCAAAAUAUUCAAGAGAUAUAUAUGUCUUUUAUCUUUCAUUAACUUUUGCCAACUCUCCCUUAAUCAACUUCACAGUCUCUAUAAACAUUUUUUUUUUUAUAAAAAACAGAUAAAAUGUAUAGCAUAGCAUAGUCAUAACUUUAUGAUGACAUCGUCGUGUGAUUUAGAUGAAGAGCUUUAUUUUCAAUUUCUGUGUAUUAAUUUAUUUUCAUGGGUACCAAUUUGUCCUUGAUUUGAGGAAAACUUGAAUUUUAUAUUGUUCUUUGACUAUAAGAUUUUUCAAAGAAUGCAAACAUUCCUUUAUGAAAUUUGUAAUUCGUUGAAUAUUUACAUAAGCAGUUCUCCUGUAACCACAAAAACGGGUAUCAAAACAAACAAAAAAAAUCGGCACAGCGCGUUUGCGCUUUUUAUGCCCCACCUACGAUAGUAGAGGGGCAUUAUGUUUUCUGGUCUGUGCGUCUGUGCGUCCGUUCGUUAGUCCGUAUGUCCGUCCGUCCCACCGUCUGUUCGUUCGUCUGUCUGUUACACUUCAGGUUAAAGUUUUUGGUCAAGGUAGUUUUUGAUGAAGUUGAAGUUCAAUCAACUUGAAACUUAGUACAUGUUUACAUGUUCCCUUUGAUAAGAUCAUUCUAAUUUUAAUGCCGAAUUAGAGAAUUUAUUCCAAUUUGACGGUUCAGUAAACAUAGAAAAUGAUAGUGCGAGUGGGGCAUCCGUGUACUGUGGACACAUUCUUGUUUACCUGUAAAAUGAUAGGACAUUUGCGCUUCAAAUACUAUGGACAUUUGCGCUUUAAAUGUUGAUUCACCUGAAUUAAAUUGACCAGACAUUUGUACUUUUUAUUGAUAGUCCUCCACCUGUAGAAGAUGGUGCAGAAUCCUUCCAUACCCACUUUAAAGAACAGUUCUACGCACUCAUUUUGAUAUUUCUUUUUCUUUUUGAAGAGUACCGGUAUCAUUUAACAACAGUCGGUGAAUAACAUUAAGAUUGUUAUAUUGAUGAACAGGCACCCUAGAAUUGAGAAAAAGGAUUAUUUAUUUGAAAUAUCGGCGAAAUAUCAGUCAGAACAGUCCUUGGGCUUCAGAUAUUUAAUGAAAACUUACCUGCAAUGACUGUACGUUUUUUGUGUCUUUAGAUUUUUACUUUCACUAGUUUUAGCUGUAUAUAAACUUUGAUCAAUGUUCUAUGAAAUGUUCCAUGCAAUGAUUUUUAAACUUUUAACUCUGCCAGGUCAAACCUGCCGGUCCCAAGCCCGGUUAAAGUAGAUAGUCAUUAAAAACUAAAUACUGUGGAUUCAUUAAUAUUCCUUGGAUACCAAUUUUCGCGGAUUGCUGGGGGACAGGGGAACCACAUAUUUAAAUUUUCAACGAAUUACAAAUUUCCUAAAGAGAUGUAUGCAGACUUUGCCAAAACCACGAAAUUAAAUAUCCACGAAUAUGCAAGUUUUCUUCAAACCACGAAAAUGAAUGAAUCCACAGUAUUGCAAAAGCGCAAAUGUCCUUUUUUAAAAAGCGCAAAUGUCCUACACAGCUACUUUUACAUAGGUACUAUUUACGUACCACAAAUCUGUAGAACUGGAAAUCUACUUUUAAUAUUCUGUACUAUUGUGUU